AUGGCUCGGUUCAACAGUAUCACACGAUUCUUGUCGAGACGCGAUCAGCGAUCGGAAAAGUCGAUUUCUGUAGUGUCUACACCGGAUACACCACCGACAAUGAAUACUCUCAAUGAAACGGAUCAUGAGUAUUUUGCACCCAGUAUUGAUCAGCAAAAAAAUGGUGUCAAACUUCAAAAGAAACUCAAUUCCAUGCUUUUAGAAUUUAUUGAAAUGCAAAAACGACAUGCCCGUGAGGAUAGAGAGUGGAGCACAAAGUGGGAAACUUAUUUCCAAUCGAAUCGAUUCGCAUCGGAAUGUUUCACAACCACUGUAAAACUAGUGACAGCUACGACUUGCAUCGGAAAUGAGAUAGCUGAUAAAUUAACUAGUACUAAUCACACUCUGAGACGAAAUGCGAGAGCUGUGACAGAUACGCACCAAUAUCCAUCGCUCAAAGAACAGCUGCAAAACGAAAGUAGAUUACUCAGUAAAUUUGCAGAUGAAUUGAACAAAUUAAAACGACAAAAAAACGAACUUGAAAAUGAUUUGAAGUCUAUCCAUCUACAACUCACGAGAAAAAAUUUAGAUAGACCAGAGGAAACUAAGCUAAAGACACAACAAAGAACCAAAAAGAGAGAAUUGCAACAAUUAAAACAACAAAUUGAACUAAGCGAGGAAGAUCACACGGAAGCCAAACAGAAAUAUGAUGAAAACAAAGAAGCUCUAUUAAAAAAGAGUCAAGAGAACGAACUUGCUCGUCUUCAACUGUUCACGGAUCCAUUGAAGAAAUUUUUCAACACUCUGAAAAUUGAGAAUACGGAGUUCAGCGAUGCGUUAAACAGUCAUAGUCCCGAUAAGGAUCUCAACAAAUGGAGAGAAACAUUACGUUCAUCAUCAUUACAUUCAUCAGAUAAACGUUGA